CCGAAACCAUCGGCGCGGUGGCCACACCUCCCCCUCCGCCGCCCGCCGCCGCCCACCGUUGCCCCUAUCCGUGGGCUGGCCUGGACCCAAGAUCCAUCCGGUCCGGACGCGGCUACCUUCCCUUCCGUUGGCACUCAUUCAUUAGCUCAUACAGGAUCAUUCUCUACCGCUGUGAGGUCAAUAUGAAGGGAGACCUGUAAAUUGUGUACCAUAGUAGGUUUAGUUUUCGUUUUCUCCAUCUGUUCUGGCCCAUGGCAUCGCCACAAGAAUCCAAACCCUUGUGCUUAAAGCGCAAGCUCGACGACUGCUUGUCAAAAGAGUGCAAGUCUCGCCGAGUCAAAGUUGACAAUGGACCCCAUGAUCCAUCUGCCAAACUGUGCAAGUGUUGUUGCACACGACCUAAUCUUGCCAGUGAUUGUGUCAAUUUCCUGAAAAGUGGAGUUCCUAGCCGUAUCGUGUUUUACAAACAAGGUUCUUGGCACAAUUUUCCCGAGUUAAAAAUGAAGUCCCUGAUGGAAGAAUUUAAAGGUGGCAAAUCUAGUGUUGUGACUGUGAUGGAUGAUGAGGCUGUUCUUGUCGAUUUCUUGUCAAUGACUCUGGUCAACCUAAAAACCAGAAAGCAGCGAUCUGUUGCAUGGUAUGAUGAUACGGGAAAGGGCUUUUUUCCUUCUCUGUUCUUUGACGAGCAAGCUGAUGAAAUGACCAAUGUUGACUCUGGUAAAGUUGAUGACAGUGCACCGGGAAUAAUGUCUGAUAAGGUUGUAAAUUCUCCACCAGAAGUGGUGAAGCAAGUUGUUCUUGAAUCUAGCCCCCCGGAUCCACAGAAGCCUUCCACUGCAGAUGUAUUACGCAAAAAGAUCACAUCUGUGGAAAGAGGGAGUGAUGACUUUUUAGUUGUCCAGGAUCUUUUCCUCUCUGGUAUGGGUCCAUUUGCAACACCACAUAAUAUACUUCAUAUACACCGCUACGCUCCGAAUGAUAUCACUGCUCAGUGUCGACUUCAAGCUUUUGAAAGACAAAUGAGCUGCACGAAAGAAGAUCGUGGCGAUUCAAAUGUAAGAUAUGGAUGGCUGGGAUCUACUAAGAGUGACAUAGUUAGGAUUCUCAUUAAUGGGUUUGGUAGCACUGGAAAACCUGCCGAGAAGGCAUGCUUGAGUGCUGGUGUUUAUCUCUCCCCAGAAGAUCGAGCCUUUACCAGUGUCGGUCUUUGCGAUGUUGACGAAAAAGCGGUGCAGUAUAUGUUAUUGUGCCGAGUGAUAUUGGGCAACAUGGAAGCUAUCACGCCUGGAUCACAAGAUUCAUUUCCAAGCAGCGAGAUAUAUGAUUCUGGCGUUGAUGAUUGCUCCAACCCAAAGUGCUACGUUAUGUGGCCAUCCCAUGUUAAUACCCACAUUCGUUUAGAAUAUCUUGUUAGUUUCAGGCUUCCCUCAAAAGUUCGAAAUUAUUUACUUGGCUUGAAGGGUUUAUGGUUUCACCCAUCACCAAAGGAAGUUGCUAUGGAUAUUUCUACUCUUCAACCUAUAAUGGGUGAAACUGGUGAAGCACCAACAUCCCCAUGGAUAUCCUUCAGAGUUCUGUUUGCGAUGAUUCAAGAGAAUAUAUCAUCUGUAGCCAGGGAAUUGCUCUUCCAUCAUUAUGAAGAGCUGAAGGAAAACGAAAUAACUCGUGAAGAGAUGGUGAAGAAAAUGAUAAUAAUUGUUGGAGAAAAGUUACUUCUGGAAACCUUAAAGAAACUUCAUUACUGUCCAUCAUUAUGGUAUAAAUCUUCUGUUGAAGUGGUGUCCAGUGAUCCUGCAAGGAUAGCAGCAGAGGAUUCUUCAAGGACAACAGAGGAACACAUAUCCUUGGACAAAGCAACCGGGAAUUGUGCACUAACUCUCGGUAACCUUGGAGAUUCCUAUGCACCAAAUACAUCUCCUGAGAGUUCUGCAGCUCUUAGCUCCAAAGCGUGUGAUACUCUUGCAGUAGGUUUCACACCAAAUGGUGUGCCUGAGACGUCUACUUCUGGUUCCAGAUGCCGGGCUUCCCCAAGUGUGGAACCCAAAGCUAGGGAUUCUCCUAUACAAAUCAUGUCACCUGAGAACUCUGCAAACCAUGGUGCCAAAAAUCAGGAUCCUUUUGCAGCCAGAAUUGCACCUAUAGUUCAUGAUGGCCUUCUGAGGACGUCUUCUGGAAAAUCUGCAUCUCUUGGCGCAGAAGGCUACAAUUGUGUUGCACCAAGCAUGAGACUUUCUAGUUAUCCUUCUGUAGCACCAGCUAAUGUCCCAAGAAUGCGUGGGUCUGUUGCUCCACGUCUCGGUCCUAAGGGCUCUGAAUCUCCUGGACCAAGUUUAGCACUGGGAAAUUCCAAAUGUGUAGGCGUGAAAAGACCGAGUUCUGUGCCAAGAAUGAAAACUGAAGGCCAGGAAUUUCUUUCAUUGAGUAUUGCGCCACAAAGCUCAGCAAUUUAUUCAAGCAAGGGCCCUAGUGAUUUGACUUCUUGUGCCGCACCUCCUGCUCAUGUGCCAGGACAUGGAAAUUCUUCAGCUUUGAGCACUGAAGCCUGUGAUUCUCUGGCGCUGAGUAUUGCAUCAAAACGCCAUGAUCCCCCAGCAGCAAGCAAUAACGAGCCAAAACGCCAUGUGACUCAAACAUCGCCUACAGUGUCAGAAAGCCAGCACUGUCAGGCGCAGAGUGCAGCCACCAAGGGUUAUACUGCUCCCACACCUACAGCAACAGUGGAGUUGGAGAACCAGGCUGUACAAUUCGGACCCCUGAAUAAGCCACCUGUGCCAGCCAUCACUGAGCCAGGCAGCAACGUCGCCCAGGCGGCUGAUAUCCUCGUUGCCCUGUCAACUCCGCGAGAGAAGGGCAAGUAGAAGAGGGGAACACAGCCGUUUGCGCCGAUGAUGGUCCCGUUUUGAAUCUCUUUUGCAUGUACAUGUAAUGUUCACCCGUUCCAUGUGCUGGAGCUGAGGGUGACGGGUUGCCGUUGUUGUACAGGCGGGUGUACUCCUGUAGGUCAGGUGUAAAAACCAGUGGGAUCUGCUGUCUAGUUUUGCUUAAUCUGUAGGAGGGUACAUAUCGGUCACCCUGUCGACUCUGAACA